AUGGAGAUGGACGACCAUACUUCAGAGCUCAUCGACAUCUCUCGAUACGACACCCACGGAUUCUGUCCUGGCUACACCCUGAGGAGGCACAAGGCAGAGACACUGGCCAACGCCGGCUGCUACGAAGCACGAAAGGACUGGAUCCAGUACAUCGGGCCCGUGGAAGAGUUUGGCAACUGCAACCCCGUAAACGGGAACUUCACUGCGGUAGUCCUGCCCUUGACCAAGCCUGAGCGCCUCCGGCUGGUGGCGUAUAUCCUCGAGUAUGCCUUUUUGCAUGAUAAUGUGGUUGAGGUAACGAAGGAUGAUGCAUCGACAACGACGGCCUUCAGCCUCGGCGACAUGGAAACCUCCCACCAAAACGCCAAGCUCGGCCGAAAACAGAUCCAAGCAAAGAUGAUGCUCCAGCUCACCCAAACCGACCCCGUCUGCGCCAAGCGCGUCCUAGACGUCUGGCAGACGAUGCUAGAAACCACCACCAAGGACAAAUCCAAGUCCUUCGCCAACGUGGAAGAGUACCUCGAGUUCCGCAUCAUCGACGCCGGCGCUCCCUUCGUCGAAUCCGUCAUGUUGUUUGGAAUGGGAGAGACCCUAACCAAGGAAGAAGACGCCCUCCUAGCCCCCAUCAUCCGCCCCUGCUACGCCUCCCUAGCCCUCGCCAACGACUACUUCUCCUUCGACCGUGAAUGGGCCGAGUCCCUUUCUUCUCCCGAUGCCCCCAAACCCUUAAACGCCGUAUGGCUAUACAUGCAAUGGCAGUCCGUCGACAUGGCGACCGCCAAGUGGUUGGUUCGCGAGGCAACUAACCAGUUUGAAGUGGAGUUUCUAGAGGGUUGUCGAAAAUUUAGGGAGAGCAGUGGGAAGAGUAAUGACAGGUUAGAGAGAUACCUGAGGGGCUUGCAGUACCAGGUUAGUGGGAAUGUGGUCUGGAGUCUGAAUUGUCCUAGGUAUCAUCCGGAUUGGAGGUAUGAGGCUAAUGAAGGGUUGGAGGAUGGGUUGACGGUUGAAUGGAGGGGUUCGCCUCUUCUUCAUGUUGCUGCUGCUGCGGAGCAGGUGGAGGAUGUUUCCGUUUCGGAUCUCAUGGAGGCGACGGCGAAGAGGUUGUCGAUUACCUCGUGGGGAUCGAGGGAGAGCGAGUCGGAUGUUUCGACCACUUCUUCGUUGUGGGAGGACAGGGCGGCGAGCAGCAGGUCGUCAAGUGUUUCGGCUAUGCCGUCGGAUGACGAGAGGCACGACGGCAUGGAGGAGUUCAAGAACGCGGAGAGAGAGAAGGAGUCGUUGGACUCCUUGGUGCCGAGGGAGGAGAAGUUGGGGAUGGAGAUUGUUAAUGCCCCGUUUGAAUAUACGAGGUCGUUGCCGUCGAAGAACGUGAGGGCAACGUUUAUUGAUGCGUUGAAUUUGUGGGCGGGGUUGCCAGAGGAGGUGUUGGUGCAGAUUAAGGAGGUGGUUGAUGAUUUGCAAACGGCGUCGUUGAUGUUCGAUGAUGUCGAGGAUGGUUCCGAGCUCCGACGCGGUAACCCAGCAGCGCACGCUGUAUUCGGUGUUCCCCAGACCAUCAACGCCGCAAGCCUCGCAAUUGUUGAAGCUGUACGAAAGGCGAAGGGCUUGCCUAUUCCUGGCGCUGUGGAUAUUGCCCUGGAGCAACUCCGAGAUCUCCAUGUCGGCCAAAGUUACGACCUCUACUGGACAAGACACAUGUCCUGUCCUUCAGAGAGCGAGUACCUAGAAAUGGUAGCAAAGAAAACCGGUGGUCUCUUCCUCCUCCUCUCCCGUCUAAUGAGCGAGCACAUGCCCAAGGAAGUACGCUCCCUCGUCAAUCAUCUCGUCACACAAGUAGGCAUCUACUUCCAGAUCCGUGACGACUACCAUAAUAUUAGUUCCGACGAGUACACCGCCCAAAAAGGCUUCUGCGAAGAUCUCGACGAAGGCAAGCUCUCCUUCACGCUCGUGCACUACCUCAACACAGAAGGGCAAUCGUCCAGUUCGCAACAAGUGCGCGAAGUGCUUCAAGAGAGGCAACAGCGAGGGUCCCUUAGUAUGCCGCUCAAGCUGCUUACGCUGCAGCGGUUGAAGAGCUCGAACAGCCUCGAGUACACGAGAGAUACCCUCAAGAGGCUGGAGAGGGGCGUGGAUAGGACGAUUGAGGAGUUAGAGAGGUUGACGGGGAGGAAAAAUUGGGUGUUGAGGAUGUGUAUGGCCAAGUUGAGUGUUUAA